AUGGCGGAUCACUUCGCGCUGAUGGCUGGUCGGUUGCUUACGGAGUCGACGCUGCAGUCAGCCGUGGACGAGGCUCUUGCUGUUGCUGUCGCUUCCGUGAAGAUAGUUCAUGAUCAGCCUGACGUUUCUGUUGAUCAUGAAGAUGCUCAAGAUGGAAGACCAAAGAGUGGUGUCAUGGUUGAAUGCAGGAUCUGCCAGGAAGAAGGUGACGAGUCGUACAUGGAGACCCCUUGCUCCUGCAAGGGCAGCCUGAAGUACGCUCACCGUGCAUGCAUCCAGAGGUGGUGCAAUGAGAAGGGAGACACGAUAUGCGAGAUAUGCUUACAGCAAUUUACACCAAACUACACUACCCCCUUAAAGCUAUUUCGGUACGGAAGGAACCCAAUUAGCUUCAGGAGAGCUGGAGAAAGAUCAGACAAUAUCAGUGCUGAUCAUAGUGAAGAACAUGUUGUACAAACCUCAGAUCAAGCUUCCGGUGCAUCAAGUUUUGACUCACAGAAUUCCAGCCGAAAAGGCGUUUUCUAUUGCCGUGCAGUUGCCAUAUCUCUGAUGGUCUUGUUGGUGCUCCGUGAUGCGAUCUCACUUGUACUCGGCGAUCCUGAGGUCUACUCGAUGGCACUGUUCACUCUUUUGAUGAUUAGAACAGCUGGGAUCGUCAUUCCAAUCUACAUCAUCUUGGUAUCAGUUACCACAUUGCUCCAUCGGUACAGGCAACACCAGGCUGUGCAUGAGGCCCCGGUUUCAGAACCUGGAGGUGGAGAGGGCGUGCAGCCGAUGCCACCUCCACAGCAUGUCAUCAGCAUCCAGUAGCGAUCUGCUCGAGGAGAGUAGUAGUCAGGCUCGCUCUGUAAAUAUCUGAGGUAGCAGCCAUCAUUUAGAGUCGUUGAAUGAAGCUUGAGAUUGAGGAUGGAUGUGAUACGAGAAAAAAAACUACAAAAUUUAUUGGUUGUACGGCGAUUUGAUAGUAUCUUGUACAUAUGAAUUUAGAUAGACACUCAACUUCACCGACCAUGAAGAUGCGAAGUGAAGAUUAAGUGGGCUUGGUGUGUGUAUUACAAGACAAGAUGGAAAUUGGAGUGAAAUGCACAGGUUUACAUUAAUGUCAAAGAUCAAGCAUUUUUCUUUCAGUUGAAGCACAGAAAAAGCAAAGUAACACGAUACAA